CCUGGGAGCUGUCAGUGCGGAUCCGGCCUGGUGCUCCGAACCCGGGGCCGCUCGCGCCAUGGCAGCCCCGCCGCAGCUUCGAGUCCUGCUCCAGAUGGUCAACCAGCUGCUGCAAAAUCGUCGCUACCAUGCCGCGCUGGCUGUGCUGAAGGGCUUCAGGAACGGGGCAGUUUAUGGAGUCAAGAUCCGGGCCCCUCAUGCGCUGGUCAUGACCUUCCUCUUCCGGAGUGGCAGCCUGCGGGAGAAGCUGCGGGCCAUAUUCAAGGCCACAUACACCCACUCCCGGAACCUGGCCUUGUUCGUGUUUGUCUACAAGGGCCUCUGCAACCUGCAGUCCCAAAUGCAGGGCAAGUCCUCCCAGGCGCACUUGUUCCUGGCUGCUGUCUUAGGGGGCAUCUUCGUGUUUGGUGAAAACAACAACAUCAACAGCCAGAUCAACAUGUACCUGACCUCGCGGGUCCUGUUUGCCCUGUGUCGCCUGGGCGUAGAGAAGGGCUACAUUCCCCAGUUUUCCAGGGACCCUUUUCCUCUCUACACUGGUCUGGUGUGGGGGGUGGUGAUGUGGCUCUUCGAGUAUCACCAGCACACGUUGCAGCCAUCGCUGCAGUCCUCCAUGACCUACCUGUACAAAGACAGCGACGAGUGGCACGACAUCUCAGACUUCCUCAUCUACAACAAGCCAGCAAAGUAAUGAUGCGUGAGGCACCAACUCUGGCCAAGCAGCAGACAUCCUGGCUCCAGACAGGCUCUCACUCUGGAUUCUACCACAGGACUAACUAACUACACCUUCUCACCUACUUGAGUCUCAGGCCCCAGCUCUGAUUGUUCCAGGGCCCUUUUGCUCACAUGAAAGCACUGAUUUUCGGAAUUCGUUAGAUACUCAGGUGUGGUGGAACAGGAGGCCAGAUCAUACUGGGGAGCCUGAGUCUGUUUCAGUUCUGCUGUUGCAUUCUGUGGGAUGUAGGAAAGUCACCCGCCCCCCCCCCCCCCAUACACACACACUCUGCGCUUCAGGGUUUUUGAGCUUUCACUGCUCCUCUAUAACAGGGCUCCUGGGGCAGGGGACAUGAGCUACAAAUAUUUUUUUAAUGAUUCAAUUCAUUGUCUCAGGUAUUGUUCUAUUGGAAAAAGUUCUAUAGUCCCACCACCACUAUAAAUAUAAUGUUAGCCAUAGAUGUCAUUGAAAUGUUCUCGUAACCCAUUUAUUAUUUUGUUUCGUAUUUUAGAUCACACCUGACAGUUCUC